AUGGCUCGCUCGGCGUCGAAGAGAAUUCGUUCAUCGGAUACUGAAGUGUCCGAUGACGAUUUUGAUGGCCAUCUGGAGGGUAUCUUGUCGCAGAGUGAAGAUGAAGAGGGCGACUUUGACGAGUCGGACGGCGAACCGGAACUCGACGAUGGGUCGAGCCAUGAUCUGCCCAAGGAUCCCGACGACGACGACGACGACGAAAAUGAGGACUGGCCGUACAAGAUUGUGACGGACGCAAACGGCGGCGUGCGCUACGAGUACGAAGAGAUCGAUCCUGUCUACGAUAGCGACGAUAGCGACGCCCAAGGACCCGUCAACACGAUCGGCAACAUUCCGCUAUCCUUUUACGACUCAUACCCUCAUAUCGGAUACGACAUCAACGGCAAAAAGAUAAUGCGCCCUGCGACCGGCGAGGCGUUGGAUGCCCUCCUCGACAGCAUCGAGCUGCCCAAGGGUUGGACCGGCUUAACAGACCCUGAGACAGGCAAGCCGCUGAACCUUAGUCAGGAUGAGCUUGAACUUCUCCGAAAGCUCCAGAUGAACGAAGUGCCAGAGGAAGGAUACGACCCUUAUCCCGAAAUGGUGCCCUACUUUACCAGUAUCGAGGAAAAGAUGCCGCUGAGUGCGGCGCCGGAACCCAAGAGACGAUUUGUUCCCUCCAGGCACGAGGCAAAGCGUGUCGCACAGCUGGUGCGUGCCAUCAAAGAGGGCAAGAUUCUGCCCUACAAGCCAGCGGAGGGAACGGACAGCGUCGAAGAGCAAGCAGAGACCUACUACGAUAUCUGGGCCAACGAAGAGCCCCAGGACAGAGGCGUCAUGCACAUCCCGGCUCCUAAGCUUGCACCGCCAGGAUAUGACCUUAGCUACAAUCCACCGCCCGAAUACCUGCCAACCCGCGAGGAGAAGCAGGCUUGGGAGGACCAGGACCCCGAGAGCAGAGAAAAGGAAUACCUGCCCCAGAAGUAUGACGCCCUCCGAAGGGUGCCUGGAUACGACGAGUUUGUCAAGGAGCGAUUCGAGCGCUGCCUGGACCUCUACCUGGCACCCCGUGUCCGCAAAAACAGACUCAAUAUUGACCCAAACUCCCUUCUUCCCAAGUUGCCUCGACCGGAGGAGCUCAAGCCUUUCCCUUCCUUGUGCCAGACCAUCUUCCGAGGCCAUGAAGGUCGCGUGCGCACUGUGGCUUUCAGUCCCGAUGGCGAAUGGAUUGCCUCGGGUGGUGACGAUGGCACGGUCCGCGUUUGGGCCCUAAACGGCCACGAGGAGUGGUCUACCAAGCUGAGCUCCGAAGAACCCGUCCAGAUUGUCCGAUGGCGCCCGGUCAAGGAUACCUUCAUUCUUGCCGCCGCUGCGGGUGAGGACCUAUUCUUUGCCUGCCCUCCACUGGCUAGCGAUGCCAUCGAGAAGGCCAGCCGAGAUGUACUGGAUGCUGGUUUUGGCUACGCUGCCGGUGGCGCGCAGCAAAAGUCGGCCACCGUCAAAAAGGAGGGACCAGCCAAGUGGGCACGACCCGGUUCGAAGCUAGAGAAUGCUGGUGUCCUGCUCAAGGCCACAGUGCGCUCCGUGAUUAAAACCGUCGCCUGGCACAGACGAGGUGAUUUCUUGUGCACCGUCUCCCCAACCGGACAGCGCAGCUCCGUCGCCAUUCACACCCUCUCGAAGCACCUCAGCCAGAUUCCCUUCCGUCGCCUGCCCGGUCUGGCGCAAACAGCCCAUUUUCACCCUUCACGCCCUCUCUUCUUCGUUGCCACGCAACGCAUGAUUCGCUGCUAUGACCUGCAGAGACAAGAGCUCGUCAAGGUGGUGCAGCCUGGCGCUCGCUGGAUAUCGUCUUUCGAUAUUCACCCGGGAGGCGACAAUUUGAUCGUCGGUUCCUACGACCGCCGCCUUUUGUGGCAUGACAUGGACCUCUCGAGCAGGCCUUACAAGACGAUGCGAUUUCACGUCGAGGCCAUCCGCGCUGUCAAGUAUCACCGCUCGCUGCCACUGUUUGCCGAUGCCAGCGACGACGGUUCUCUGCAAAUUUUCCACGGCAAGGUAGUGAGCGAUCUGAUGGAGAAUGCCACCAUUGUUCCUGUCAAGAUGCUCAAGGCCCACCGCGUGGUAAACAAGCUCGGUGUCAUGGACGUCGACUGGCACCCCAAGCAUCCCUGGUGCAUCAGUGCCGGCGCCGACGGUACGUGUAGAUUGUGGGCAUGA